AUGGACGCGGAUUACCCUGCCUUUGAGAAGCCUCUCUGCAGAGAGUUUAAGCACUUCUGCAAAAGGCUAGGUGAGGCAUACCAAGAGCUGAAGGAGGACCUCACCCCUUACAAAGAUGAUCGCUACUACAGGUUGGCACCCAUGCGAUUGUACACCCUGUCCAAGCGCCACUUCGUCCUGGUCUUUGUGGUGUUCUUCAUUUGUUUUGGCUUGACCGUCUUCAUUGGAAUUGCAGGUCCCCAAGCAAUCCAGUCGACUUCAGAGGACCACCAAGUGAACAGCAGUAGCUUAAAGCUAAAGCCAUUUCUUCUCAAUUCAGGACCACUUUCUACUUAUAAUCAGCAGUUAUGGCUGACGUGUGUUAUUCAGCUGGAUCAGUCAGAUGACACUACAAUCCAGACAAGCUUUUCUAUGACUGUGAAAGUAGAUGGUGUGACCCAAGGUGCAAGCAAGACAUUUGUACAUAACAAAGUUCACAAUCGGACGAGGACCCUCAGCUGUGCAGGGAAAUGUGCUGAAAUCAUUGUGGCUCACCUUGGGUAUUUGAAUUACACUCAGUAUACUGUCAUCGUGGGAUUUGAGGACGUGAAAGCUCUGAAGAUCCCCAUCAAAGACGUGAACUUCACAUGGAGGACUUACAAUCCAUCUUUUUCACAAUUGGAAAUUUGGUUCCGAUUUGUCUUUGUGGUGUUUACAUUCAUCGUCACUUGCCUGUUUGCACAUUCCCUCCGGAAAUUCUCCAUGAGAGACUGGGGAAUUGAACAAAAAUGGAUGUCCAUAUUGUUGCCCCUGCUACUGCUCUAUAAUGAUCCAUUCUUCCCCCUUUCCUUCCUGGUAAACAGUUGGUUUCCUGGCAUGCUGGAUGACCUCUUCCAGUCUGUGUUCCUCUGUGCGUUGUUACUGUUCUGGCUCUGUGUGUAUCACGGGAUCCGAGUACAGGGAGAAAGAAAAUGUUUAACAUUCUAUUUUCCUAAAUUCUUUAUUGUUGGACUACUAUGGUUGGCAUCUGUCACAUUAGGAAUAUGGCAAACGGUAAAUGAAUUACAUGACCCAAUGUACCAGUAUAGAGUCGACACAGGCAAUUUUCAGGGGAUGAAGGUUUUUUUCCUGGUGGUAGCUGGCAUGUAUAUUUUAUAUCUUUUGUUCUUGAUUGUGAGGGCAUGCUCAGAACUUCGCCAUAUGCCUUAUGUUGAUCUCAGGUUAAAAUUCUUGACUGCAUUGACUUUCGUAGUACUUGUCAUUAGCAUUGUUAUACUUUAUCUAAGGUUUGGAUCACAAGUGUUACAGGACAAUUUUGUUGCUGAACUGUCAAAUCGCUACCAGAAUUCAGCAGAAUUCUUAUCUUUCUAUGGCCUCCUGAACUUUUAUCUCUACACUUUAGCCUUUGUGUAUUCACCAUCUAAGAAUGCACUCUAUGAGUCACAGUUGAAAGAUAAUCCAGCCUUUUCCAUGCUUAAUGACUCUGAUGAUGAUGUGAUUUAUGGGAGUGACUACGAAGAAAUGCCCCUGCAGAACGGCCAGGCCAUUAGAGCCAAGUACAAAGAAGAGUCUGACAGCGAUUGAUGGAGCUCCAGCAGAGACCAGCUCAGCUGGCUAGAGAAGGUCUUGGACAGCUUUCCUCAGUGCUCCAACUCUCCAGCCUUCCCAAGCCAUCUGCUUAAAGCUGAAUAUUUCCUCUCAAGAAAGGCAGUGUUCCCUUUACCUCUUUGUGUUUACUGAUUUUUAAAAGACCAACCAGGACCAAAGGAAAAAUUUCAAUGUUGGGCAAAGGCAUUACCAGGGUAGGGAGAUGAGAGGGGGAGAGAGGCAAAUGGUGAAGAUUAGCAACCAAAUGCCUCUUAGAAUAGUUUUAGGGAAAAUAGUUUUUGUAUUAGAGUAUCAUUUCAUUGGAGCUAAAGUAGCUGCUCCUGAACUGAAGGUUUCAGAGUCCUAUGGUGUCCCAGAGCUCCUGAUGCCUCUAAGUCACCCUCAUUUUUAGUCUAAAGAUGUAUGCACUAGUCUUUUGUAGCAUGUUCUCUCUAAGUGAUGUAGAAGCACUUAGGAGCCACUAAGUGGCUCCGUGGGGUGUUGGAGUCAGGACGACCUGAUUUGAGUCUUUCCUCAGGCACUUGCUGGCUGUGUGACCCUGAGGAAAGUCCCCUCCCUUCUUAGAGCUCCUGUUAAAUGAGAAUCAUCAUGCAUCUACCUCACGAGGUUGUUGUGAGGCUGGAAGGAGAUGAGGUAUAGACAGUGCUUUACAAAUGCCGGACAUGAUGACAAGUCAUGCAGGCAGAUGGUGGUGUUCUCCUCUCUUCUCUCCGUAGACAUUGUUCUCUCUUUAAUUCCAAGGGAAACUUAGGAACUUAUUGUGACUGCCUCGUGCUGCCAAUGCAGCAUGCUGCUAUUUGGUGGCAAACACCACACCGGGUCACUAAGUAGCUUGAGUUAUUAUCCAUUUUAGAAAUAAAGCAUUAAGCUGAGGCUCAGCUGCCAGAAUCUGCUGAAGCCCAAACAAUGAAAUACCCUUAAGAGUGUUGUGUACCUCCAAGUACACAGUACAACCUGGUAGGCUGGCUCCUUCCACCCCCUAAUAUGAAGAAAUAGGCAUUUAUACCAUUGAUAGCUUCGCUGGGCUGGUUGUCCCUGCACGUCCUUCCUCCUUCUCAUGUUGAGGUUGGGGUAGGGGAGGAAAAGUGUGACGAGUCCAAUAAAGAAUAGAGGCUAUGCAACUUCAGAGCUCCAUUACACAAAUGAAACAAUUACUAGAAUAGAAUGCCGAAAAGUUUUCAUUUGUAUAUUGAAAAACCAAUAAAAUUAAACAAUUUUCGUAUUAGUUUUGAAACAAAGUUUGUUCAGAAAACUAAUUUUGGGGAAAAUCCUCUCAAGAAACUCAACUGGAGCUUUGUAUAAACAAAAUAAAUCACUAUUAUGGGUCACAAUUUUGAAAUUCCAGUGCUAUGGUAACACAGUGUGGAAGGCACCUAAGAGUUUUCCACUCCCUUUUUCCUAGACAAUUAAUUUAAAAGCAGAGUACAGGUAUACCUUUUGCAUCUUCCUCUCUGGCCCUAAUCUUUGACCUGGUGUGCACUGUGGAAACCCCUGCAGAUGAUAUCCUGGAGAACAGGUGUAGAUAAGAGUGCAAUGUGUGAUGCAUGCUUAGUAGCCCCAUACCCUUCUUCCUAUGCGUACCCACAUUCACAUGUCUUUUGUGUGCUAUAAGAAUUAUGCUCUCUUCUCUGCAGUGCUAGGACCUCAAAUGUCCAUGGGAAUGUUCUUUAUGGUGAUACACUAAAAUUAUCUUUCUUCAUAAGUUAACCUUUAGUGAUGUGAUGGUACCAUUAAUUACCUCUGUUGCUUAAUAUGGAUUUCCACUUAGAUUUCUAUAGUUUUUAAAGUCUUGUUUAAAAAAAAAAUCAAUGUUUGAAUUAAAAUUACUGUAAGAUCACAAAGAUGAUUCAAGGUUUACAUAGUUUUUAUAUUUCUAAUGUCAGUUACUUGGUAUUUUAUUCUGUGUAGUCAGUGAUAUUAGAAUAAUUUUUAAAAUAGAAUUUUAAUAUAUCUUCCAUCAGGCUUACUUUAAAAAUAAUUUUAGGUUAAGAUAAAGGUGGCUUGUGCCAGUUAAUAGAUUUCAGAAUGUAUUUCACUAGUUUUGUUAUAAAUAUUUGUCAUCUGUGAUUUGGAAUGCCCUUGUUGUUUCUUCAUCCAUGUAAAUAGUGGGGGGAGGGGGGGUGGAUUUUAAAAUCCAUAUUUAGAUUCCUGUUUUGAAAAGAUCAUUUUUUAUUUGCAAGAUGAAAUUCAAGUAUUGACUGACAUCUUUAUAAUUUUAUUCUUCAGGCAUCAAAGUCAUUGAACUAAAAAAUAUAGGAGAGCGAAUAUAUACUUAAAAUUUUUUUUUUUCAUAUUUCAACUAUUUACGAAAGAGCUUACCAAAUGGAUACUUUGUUUUAGUUUUUUUCCCAUAGUCCAACUACUUAUGAAAGGGUCCUACUUAAGGGGAAAAUACUCCUUUUAUUAAACCAGGCACUUUCCAUUUUAUUAUUUGGAGUAAGAUGUUCAUAUUCAAAAGAGUUGUGUUAUCCAGUCAUGUAAAAAUUUGCUAACAAUCUAGCAUUUAACAUAUAGAAUAUUUACCACAUAGUAAUUAAGCUGAACAAUGCAUUUUGCUGGGAACCAUUAGUAUUAAGAACAUUCCUGAUUGUUUUCAUAGGGUUGGGGGCAUGAAUCCAAACAUUGCAAAUAUAUGCCACAAAGCCAAAGAACUGGCUCUUGUUCUGCCUUAGUAACAGCCUGGAUGGAGACUUCUGGGGAAAGUUGGAGAGGAUUUUGCACUUUGGGCCAGUGUAAGGGUACAUGCUAGAAGAUGGCCAUCAACAUCUUUUUGUUUUCAUGAGGGGUAAAGGAGAAAUUGAGCUUUCACUUAAUAUGCAUAUUUAUUUUUUAAUCACAGCAAUAAAGAACUUUCCCUUCCUGGUUUAAUCAUGUUUCCCCUGACAAUGGAAUUGUUAGCAUAAUAAAUCAUGUAUUCGAGAAAGGCUGGAGUACUGCCACAUUUGCAGCUGUUUCCUUGAUUAUGUGAGAUUACAGCAUUUUUGCCAGUUGUAAUCCAUUGUAGGGACUAUGUCAUUGGCCCCAAAUGUGUUUAGAAUUACAGUAUAUCAAUCUGAAGAGACUUUACCUGCAACACCCUCUUUCCUAUCCCCCAUCAGUUUGGCUUGUAAGGCAACAUGUCUUUCAGUGUUUACCUGUAAAUUUUUUACUUUCAAAAAUCAGUUUAGUGGUUCAGCCUAAUAUUUGAACUAACACUGUUUACUAAAGUGUACAAAGCUAACUUAAAGUACUGCCUGGGGAAUUAUUUUUUUUUCCAAUUUUUCUUAUCCAGGGAAGCUAAUAAAAGCUAUCAUUUUUGCUUAUGUGUAAAUCUGUAGUUUUUCUUAAAGAAGGAAAGAUUCUGAAAUUGACCUUUUAAGUUAGAGUUCUAAAAGAUAAGAAUCUUCUAAUUCCUUCUCUAGGUCAAGGGAAUUUAUUUUAUGCAGUGCCAUCUUUCUACUCUUGUUUGAUCUUGAUUCUAGGUGUAUAGUGCUGUGAAAUACAGAAGGGAAUUGUAUUACUACAAACUGACUUUUUAAAUAAAAUUGUAAUAUUUAUAAAAUAAAAUUGUAUUUAAACUUGUAUACCAAAAGGAAGGAUUGUAUGAGUGAUAAAUUAAUGAACUGUUAUUACAACACAACUUUUGAGGGAGGGUUGUUAUAUUCAAGUAGUGGUGUUAUAUCACAUCAGACAAAUAGUUAUUUGCUUUUAGCAAAUCUCAUUGAUUUUUGGGGGUGCAUCCUGAGAUCAUAAAUAAACUUUUAUACAUUCUGCCAUCAAA